CUUUUAGUUGGACACAUGGAAUGGUAAAGGUGACACAGCUUCGGUUCUGGAGUAAAAUAACUUUAUGAUAAAAUGGGAGAUUCAAAUAUUAAUGGUUUAACAAAUGGAUAUUCACAUGACGAGAUGGUAGAUCCAAGAGAUCCAGCGCUAUGCCCGAACUUAGUGAUGGCCCCUACUGUAAUAGUUAUGGUGGGACUCCCAGCCAGAGGGAAAACUUACAUCUCAAAGAAAUUGGCCCGUUACUUGAAUUGGAUUGGAAUUAAUACAAGGGUGUUUAAUGUGGGUGAAUAUAGACGAAGUGCCACCGAGGCUUACAAGAACAAUGACUUUUUCCGGGCUGAUAACAAAGAAGCUAUGGCUCUUAGAAAGAAGUGUGCCCAGGCUGCCUUAGAAGAUAUGUGUAGGUGGCUACAGAAUGAAGAGGGGGAAGUCGGGGUAUUUGAUGCUACAAACACAACCCGAGCAAGGAGAAAGAUGAUAUACGACCACUGUGCUAUUGACCAAUGCAUGAGAGUCUUCUUUGUUGAGUCAAUAUGUGAUGACGAAGAAAUCAUAGAAGCAAACAUACGUGAAGUUAAAGUGACUAGUCCAGACUAUAAAGAUAUGAAUAAAGAUGAAGCAAUCACAGACUUCCUGCAGAGGAUAGAUCAUUACCAGGAAAACUAUGUGCCUCUAGAUGAGAAAUGCGAUAAAAAUUACUCAUUCAUAAAGAUAUUUAAUCAAGGUGAAAGAUUCCUUGUCAACAAAGUAGCAGGUCACAUACAGAGUAGAGUUGUGUACUAUCUGAUGAACAUACAUGUGUUACCGCGGACAAUAUAUCUCACAAGGCACGGGGAAAGUGAAAUGAAUCUACAGGGUAGGAUUGGUGGAGAUUCUGACCUAUCACACAGAGGAAAACAGUUUGCCAAUGCUCUAUCAAAGUUUGUUGAAGAAGAAAAGAUAGAGAGCCUUACAGUUUGGACAAGUCAGAUGAAGCGCACGGGUCAGACAGCUGCAGGGGUACGCGCCCCAAAGAUGGCAUGGAAGGCCCUUAAUGAAAUAGAUGCUGGAGUUUGUGAAGAGAUGACAUAUGAAGAGAUACAGGAAAAGUAUCCUCAUGAGUUUGCUAUGAGAGAUCAAGAUAAAUACCACUAUAGGUAUCCCAAAGGAGAGUCAUAUCAAGAUUUAGUCGCCAGGCUGGAACCUGUCAUUAUGGAACUUGAGAGGCAGGAAAAUGUACUUGUGGUGUGUCACCAGGCAGUUGCACGAUGUCUUCUCGCCUAUUUCCUCGAUAAAAAUGCAGAUGAGUUGCCAUAUUUGCGAGUACCCCUUCACACAGUAGUUAAACUUACCCCAAUAGCCUAUGGAUGCCUCAUGGAGACCAUUUCAUUAGAUGUAGAAGCAGUUAACACACAUAGAGAUAAACCUAAGAGUAUGACAAAAUGUAAAAGUGGCAGUAAAGUUCCAACUAAUGAAGAAUUAGAAGCAUCUCAAAUCCCAACUUAACAGACUCUGUAUCUUUGAUACGCUAUAUUGUGAUGUAGGAAGUUGCCAUGGUAACCUACAAAACACAGUGAGAUGUUGAUUGCAGCAUUUAUACCUCUGGUGUGUUUUCUCAAUAGAAAUGCAAUGAAACUAUUUUAAAGUUUAUAAGAAAUAUUUGAAUAAUGGAUUAACUGGACAUUCAAUAUUACUGAGUUGUAACAUCAAAAAUGGGCUGCUUUCUCGUAUUAUUGACUAUUUAUAUACAUGUUAUCAUUUUACUGUGAUAAAUAAUAUAUAUAUAUAUACAACUCAAAGCAUUGUACAGUAAAUUGUCUUAUCUAUUAUAUUGUACAUUCCCUUAAUGCUUUUAAAUACUGUAAAACAGGUAAUUUUGACACCGGGAAAUUUUAGCGGUUUUUCAAUUUUAGGGG